AUGGGCAGCACAAAAUCAUGGGCCAUCCCCGUCGGCGUCCUCGCAGGUCUCUGUGUCGUAUGCCUAGCCUUCAUCUGGUGGUACAUUCCCAGACUCUACAACAGAGGCAUCCAAUCAGACAUGAACCGCGUGCAGGUCGAAAAAGCAGAACGUGCACGUAAAGCGGCCGCCAUGCGAGAAGCGAAUGGAGAAUCCAUCGAUCUGGAAGCUGGUGAUGUUACGGUCGUGACGCCAGAGCCGGCAAAGUUCAAGUACACGCCUCCUGCAUACACUGCUUAUUAG